UGUGACAGGCCCGUCGGUGCAAAUUUCGAGCUGGCGUGCAUGAAUCCACUCCUUCCACGCAGCGCGGCCAUAAUCGGGGGGAAAGCCCAUCACGGGAUCCUUUUUUCGGGGAUGAUUUGUCCCCCCGGCCGCUGAGCUCGCUGGACUGGACAGUAACGCGCGCAGACGUUCCUGGGCUGGAGAUGAAUUACGAAUUCGAGCGAGAGAGCGGAUUUAUCAAUAGUCAGCCUUCGCUCGCUGAGUGCCUGACAUCUUUCCCCCCUGUCGCGGAUUCCUUUCAAAGUUCAUCAAUCAAGAGCUCGACACUGAUUCCCCCUCCCUUCGAGCAGACCAUCCCCAGCCUCAACCCGGGCAGCCACCCGCGUCACGGCCGGCCGAGGCACAGCCCGGACGGAUGCAGCCCGCUGCCCACCGCCUCGCUGCCCCCGGAGUACCCGUGGAUGCGGGAGAAGAAAGCCUCCAAGAGGAGCCACCUGCAGCCCACGACCACCGCGACCACCUUGUCCAAUGGACCCGUGUGCUUCUCCCCUAAAGGCUCGCCGGAGGUCGUGGACGUGGCUCCAGGCGGCUCCCGGCGCCUCAGGACCGCGUACACCAACACGCAGCUGCUGGAGCUGGAGAAGGAAUUCCACUUCAACAAGUAUCUGUGCCGACCCCGCCGGGUGGAGAUAGCGGCCCUGCUGGACCUGACCGAGCGCCAGGUCAAAGUCUGGUUCCAGAACCGGCGCAUGAAGCACAAGCGCCAGACGCAGACUAAGGAGAACCACAACGGGGACCGGAGCGGCGGCAGCGGCGGCGGCCGGGAAGAGGAGGAGGAGGAGGAGGAGGAAGGGGAGGACGCCAUGCGCUGCAGCGACGAGGACGACGAGGGCCCCCAGUUGUACGAGCAAAGCGGGGCCCUGCUGGAGAGAGACACCUUCUCCUUUCACAACAACAAUCUGGCUCCCACGCAGCUGCACGUCCACAAUAGCGGCUACGCCCCGACCCCGCUCCACAGCAAUGAGAAAAAUCUCAAACAUUUCCCCAACGCGGCUGCGGACUGCGCGGCAACAAUGGGCCCCGGCUCGGCAUCUGGGCCGGACAAUGGCGACUGCAGUCCCCCGGCCCUGGACGUUUCUAUACACGACUUCCAGGCCUUCUCGGCGGAUUCCUCAUGCCUGCAGCUCUCCGACGCCGCCUCGCCGAGCUUGUCGGAGUCCCUGGACAGUCCCGUGGACAUUUCCGCGGACACUUUCUACUUUUUCGCCGAGUCCCUGACGACGAUCGACCUGCAGAAUCUCAACUAUUAGCCGCGUUUGAUUUCUUGGUUGCAAACCUUUUUUUUUUUUUUUUU